CUAUCCUCAUUGGUUAGGCACCUUGCAAGUCGUUUGAGUAUAACUCGGUAACCAAUCUUAUGUGACGAUGCAUACUCGACAAGUUAACAGCCAAUUACAGCUCUCGAAAUGGAGAAUGCUGUGCCACCUUGUCCGGAGUGGUAAGUUUACUCGGCGUCGACGUCGCUUACGUGAAGGUGAGCGGGGCUGACAUGCCGUAUGCUCCGUACACAAUUCCAAACCCGAGUAAGGACAUGGGACAUUAUCACUAACUUACGAUUAUCAAGUGGCGUAUUGAUGGAUUGUCGUUGAGCCGCAACGAAUACACGUGCAGUGAGGCCCCCGAGAGAAUCUCGUCAUACGAUUAGGAUUCGAUGUCUCAUCCCCGCUCCUCGCCGUGUCUACAGUUCUAUGCCGUUUAAAUCGACCUGUCUUGUAUCGUAGGGAGCUUAUAGAAUAUCGCAGGAGACUUAGACGCCACGGCCUUUCUACCGUGAUACCAACACACUUGACCGAAGCUAUGGAGAAGAUUUCUCUUAUCCCCAUCCUCGGCGUCGCUCUGUCGCUCGUCGUCAUCUUACAGCUUGGGCGAACAUGGUGGCGAUUGAGGCACAUCCCGGGGCCAUUCCCGGCGAGCAUCACCAACUUCCAGCGCGUGGGUUGGGUUAAGACCAAGCGAGCACACCUUAUACUCCAAGACAUGCAUAAGAAAUAUGGAGAGGUUGUGCGAAUUGGGCCGAACAUGGUGUCCUUCAGUAAUCCUGAAAUCAUUCCGACCGUCUAUCCAGCUAGAAGUGGCUUUCCAAAGGGAGACUUUUAUGUGACCCUUCGACCUUACACGAGAGGUGGUGGUGCCUUACAUGCCGUGUUCAACACCACGGAAGAAGAUCUGCACAAGCAGAUCAAGAGCCCGAUCGCGCCGAUGUUUACACCCGCCAACACGCCUUCUUUCGAGGGCCUUGUUGACGAAGUUCUGAAGUGCAUCCAUGAGAAGCUCGACGAGAACUUCAUCGCGAACGGCGAGAUUUUCAACCUAGGCCAAUGGCUUCAGUACUUCGCCUUCGACGUGAUGGGUACCAUGACCUUUUCGAAGAGGUACGGAUUUCUCGAUACCGGGAAAGACGUUGGGCGGAUGCUUGGUACCAUCGUUGACUUUAUGAGGGAUGCCGCGCCUAUGACUCAAAUCCCCUGGCUCGACUGGGCGCUACGCAAGAACCGAAUCGGAGAUUCAAUCCAGCGUCUGUUCGGCAAAACAGCAUCCCUCGGCAUCCUCGGUUUCGUAGGAAAAGCCAUUAAGGAAAGACAGGAACUCCUAGCGAAAGGAGACUUCAAAGUCAGCGAUGAAGCUAGCGGGCGAAAGGACUUCUUGACUCGAUUCAUCGAACUCCAGCAGGGCAAUCCGAAGAUUCCACCUUGGGCUCCCACCGCAUGGACGUUUUCCAACGUCAUCGCAGGUUCGGAUUCCGUGGGCAGCCUCAUGCGCACGACCAUGUUCAACCUCUUAGUGUACCCGCACACGCUAGACAAGCUGUACGAGGAGCUCCGCUCCGCAGGGCUGUCGCACCCGUACCCCAAGUGGAGCGAGGUCCGCAACCUGCCGUACCUGGAUGCCUGCGUCCAGGAAGGGGCUCGCAUGCACCCGCCCUUCGCGCUGCCCUUCGAGCGCGUCGUGCCCGCGGGCGGCAUCACCAUCCAGGGCUACUACCUGCCCGGCGGAACGGUGGUAGGCGGUAGCCCCUACGUCGUCAACCGCCACACGGAGACGUUCGGGCGGGACGCCGAGUUCUGGAGGCCGGAGAGGUGGCUCGAGAAGGAUGAGAGGCAUAAGCAGAAGCUCGAGCAGGGCGUCUUGACUUUCGGUGCUGGGAGACGUGUCUGCUUGGGCAAGCAUGUAGGAAUUCUGGAGAUCAAGAAGCUGAUCUCGUUUCUUGUCCUGAACUACGAUAUCCGCGUCGUGAACCCCGAGAAGUUUGAGCUUGAGAAUUCGUGGUUCUUCUUCCAGAGGGGUCUCUAUGCUACGAUCCGGAAGAGGCCUGAAGCGGUAGCGGCAGCGGUGGAAAGUCAGCAGGUAUAAUAAGUUUAUCAAUCAAAUUGGCUGCAAGGUUAAUGAAGCUAUUUGGGUUAGACCGUCUCGAAGUUACUCAGGUAAUCUAGUUUUGAAAUGAAAAUAUUUGGCCAAUUGAAUCUCACUAUUGAAAUGUUUGAAUGUGAAGU